ACCGGCGAUUAAACAUCAUCGUCCAUUUAUUUGAUUAUUUUUUGCCAUCGACCUGCCGAUUUCAGAAUCAGCAACCCGUUUGACGGGCCUUAUCUGACGCGACGAACACGGGCUUUGCCUCUUGGCUCCGCCCUGAUACAAGAGCGAAAGUGACAAGAGAGAAGAGAGCGAAAAAAAGAGAGACGACGGUCACGAAUCGCCUCGACGCCCCCUUUUUUUUCUUCUUGGGUCUGAAGCCAUCAAAGACUUCUGCCUCAGCGACGAGCCCUUUUCGAAAGGCAACCACGACGAAUCGUAAAUAAACAGCGAACAGCCAAAAUAAGGCAUUUGCAUCCUCGGCGGUGUUUUUGUUCCCAAAACCGGAGCCCCUGCCAUCUUGCCACGAGAGCCUGUCAUCGCGCGUUUAGACUUCGUUUCUGAGCCCCCCGCCCGCGCCCUCUUUUUCUAAUUUUUUACCUUCUUCGCGUCGGUUCUGUCGUUGACGAAGCUUGGGAAGCCUCAUCGUCAUUUUAGCUGUGAGUAUUUUUCGAACCCUUUUCCCUCACCCCACUUUGGUGAUGGCGCGCGCUCUUUCUCUCGCAAUUCCCGCUGUUUCGGCAUCGAAUCACCAUCACCAAGUCGCCCCCCUCCUUUUUGGGGGGAGGAGAGCGAGAGGGAAAAAAUAAAAGACGGAGGGAAAAAAUAGACGUGAUGAGGGAAAACACCAUAACAAUGGGCUUUUCGAUGGCACAGGCCUGGGGAUCGAUACCGGUUGUCGGGAUGUUGGUCUGCUUUACAGCUACGCCCUUUUUUCUCUCUUCUCUCUCGGCUUGGGAGGAGGGGAGGAGCUCCCUUCGAUGACUAAACUCGCACUAUUGAUGAAUCUCUUGAUUUCCCUUCUAACGUCUGAUGAUAGGAUUCCUGAUCACUUCGUUACCAGAAAGUGCUUAUUGUCCAGUGUAUCAUCAUCUGCUCUUCUUCUUUAGUCGACGGCCGCACCAUUUCUGCGCAUCGGCCUGCUCCCAGCACGCCCUCCCUUUCUUUCCCCCUCCUUCGCUUUUCUUCAACACACAGCCUUUCUCGGCUUCAUCCAUUCGAUAAACGCGAGCCGUUUCUCCCACGGGGAGCAUCUCUAAGAUGGCAGACCAACAUGAGGUCGAUCUCGAUUCUAUAAUUGACCGGCUGCUCGAGGUCCGAGGCAGCCGGCCCGGAAAGCAGGUCCAGCUCCUCGAGAGUGAGAUUCGCUUCCUAUGCACCAAGGCCCGUGAGAUUUUCAUUUCCCAGCCCAUCCUCCUUGAGUUGGAGGCUCCUAUUAAGAUUUGCGGCGAUAUCCACGGCCAAUACUACGAUCUUCUGCGUUUGUUCGAGUAUGGUGGCUUCCCCCCUGAGGCCAACUACCUGUUCCUGGGCGACUACGUCGACCGUGGCAAGCAGUCCCUCGAGACCAUCUGCCUGCUCCUCGCCUACAAGAUCAAGUACCCUGAGAACUUCUUCAUUCUGCGUGGCAACCACGAGUGCGCCUCCAUCAACCGUAUCUACGGCUUCUACGAUGAGUGCAAGCGCCGAUACAAUAUCAAGCUUUGGAAGACGUUUACGGAUUGCUUCAACUGCUUACCUAUCGCCGCUAUCAUCGACGAGAAGAUUUUCACCAUGCACGGAGGUCUCAGCCCCGAUCUGAACUCGAUGGAGCAGAUUCGUCGCGUCAUGCGCCCCACCGAUAUCCCCGAUUGCGGUCUGCUGUGCGACCUUUUGUGGUCCGAUCCCGAUAAGGAUAUUACUGGCUGGAGCGAAAACGACCGUGGUGUGUCCUUCACAUUUGGUCCCGACGUGGUCUCCCGUUUCCUGCAAAAGCACGACAUGGACCUCAUCUGCCGUGCCCAUCAGGUCGUAGAAGAUGGCUACGAGUUCUUCUCCAAGCGCCAGCUCGUCACUCUGUUUAGUGCCCCCAACUACUGUGGCGAGUUUGACAACGCAGGUGCCAUGAUGAGCGUAGACGAGAGCUUGCUCUGCUCGUUCCAGAUCCUUAAGCCUGCUGAGAAGAAACAAAAGUUUGGAAGCCGGCGUUAAAAUAGAGUAGAUGACUUGGCUUGGUCUGCUUCUCUCGGCUGGAACAUACGACCAAGUCCGUCUCGACGAUUUUCAAACCGCCGGCCUUUGUCUCUUUUUUGACUCUCCGACUCUCUUCAUCUCUACCUCUCACGUCGCACCGUCGCUGGGCCCUGGUGGCGAAAACGGGUUGCUUCGAGAAUAUUAAACGCCGAGCCCUUCCUGCAUUAAUGUAUCGACUCGGCGGUUUAGCUCGCAUCGCCUCUAAUGUCCCAACAUGCAAACUUUUGUCACGACAAAUGGCUGUUUCUUAGCUUCACAGAUAAAAUCAUUCACAGAAAAAAAAAAUACAUUAUGAUGUCACUUUGAAAC